AUGGCCGGCUCGCUUACAUGGCCGGCUCGCUUACAUGGCCGGUUCGCUUACAUGGCCGGCUCGUUUACAUGGCCGGCUCGUUUACCAAAUACGUUAAAGGGUACGACUGCAAAAACAGCCAUCACCGAUAAAACCAUUAACCAACAUAGUUCCAUUCGCUUCUACUGCCCUACAUUCUUAUGCAACACAGCAGGCACGCCUUCAUUGCAAUUCAGCACUCCCACCAUAGUAACCAAUGUCCACGUGAUUGGGGCUGAUCCAUCCAUCCAAGCAGAAUGCCCACCUCGACCGUCUAAAAGUUCCCAAACACUGAGACCACAAGAUCAAGACAUCUUCGAGAAAAUCACCCUCAGCAGCUGCCACGUAACUGCGGAUGGAGAUAGUGUCACAGUCGAGGCCACCCUCAUGGACGUGGGUUGCAACUGGAAUGUUUCUAGGAACCGUUUGGAAGCGGUCAUCAAUUCCCUUUCGAGCCUCGUAUGGAAGGGCAUCUAUGGUCGGCAUGGUUGGAGAGAAGAGAGGAUGAGAUGCUCGUUAGAUGGGAGAAGCGGCAAGCUGGGGACGCGGGAGGGGCGGCCCGCGGAGGGCCCACAGCUCAACGUUCGAUACCACCACCCACCAAGCCCUACAACCUCACCCGGGCUCCUUCCGCCAACCCUAUUCCCACUCAGCGAAACCCCGAAUGAUACAACUGCUCCUCCCUCCAAGCCCCAUAGGGCCAUCGUCCCCCGGCGGUCCAGCCGCGUACCGGACCAGCCUCUCAUACCGGUCCAACAAGCCUGUGGGAAAAGGGCCUUGCAGAUCCCACUGCGCGACUUCGUUCCCGAAUUUCGUGACAUCGAGCCACAGCUCCCGCUGGAAGGGGCUGAGCUGAUCGGCCCACGCCAUGCUUUCGCAGUGGCAGUGGACCUCCACCAGUCGCUGGUCCGUGGAGAUGACCACGAAGAGGUCUGCGCGGAAGGGGUUGGGGUCAUCUUGGUCGGUGGUGCCGGGGCGGAUGACGCUGGUGCAUUUUCCCGAUACCGCAGCGAGGAACUCGCCCCGACUACACUCCAUCCAGAGCCAGACGGUUCGGGACCAUUUGUCGUUAACCUCGAACCGAUACGGAAUCCGACGGGAGGCUAUGGCAGCGAUGAUGUGUUUCCGGGCUCUGGCGAUCUCCUGCUUGUUGUACGGCUGCGCCAUUCCGCGCAGGUGGGGCAGGUCCACGGUGUGAUUGCUGAUGCCGAGCCUGUCUUCAUGGAUGGUAAUGAGAGGUUCCAAUUUGGUGGUUGGGGCUGGGGGAUUCGUGCUGGCAGGAUCUGA